GCUCAACUUGCACGGGAUUGACGCGAUCAUCGGUAGGUUAGGGGUGAGACGAAAUCAGCGCAGUUCGUUGUGUAUUACGACAUUCCACUAGCGAACCAGCCGAUAUUACAAAUUACUUCCAGGGUGUCUACAAGAAUGAAUUCGGUCCUUUCCCCUGAAAUUAUUAGAGAUUCUGGACAACAAGACAGAAAACCGGAAAUCUUGUGUCUUGUCUGCGGAGACAAGGCUUCUGGGAAACAUUAUGGCGUGCAGAGCUGCGACGGCUGUCGGGGAUUCUUCAAGCGGAGCAUCCGUCGUAGUCUGGAGUACGUCUGCAAGGAAAACGGAAACUGUGUGGUAGAUGUUGCAAGAAGAAACCAAUGCCAGGCCUGCAGGUUCCGGAAAUGUCUGGAAAUGAAGAUGAACAGAGAUGCUGUUCAACAUGAGCGGGCCCCCCGAUGUUACCAAUUCAAGAAAGACAACCCAGAUCAUUUUGGUGAUUCUAUGAAAAAUCAAAGCCCUUUUCCACAUCAUAUUGGCGAUAUAUUUGAGCGACAAAGAUGCUACACAUACAACCAGGUUCCAAGCUAUGGACUAAACAUUGGGUAUCACCCAGAGUACGCCGUACCAAGGUACUCUCCCUAUAUGCCUUCACUUCCGGUUCCUAUUCCGGACCAGAGACGUAACUUUUUCCUGUCCGCUAACAUAACCAAUGGAAAUAUCGACAUAGGUCUCCGCCCGCACCAGGAAUCAAGUGAUGGUGCGAGUAGCAGCGUAUCGUCUACAAACUCUUCUAUGAAUGGAGGAGAUAAAAGUAUCAGCAGGUCUCCCUCCCCUUCCGUGGACUCUACCGAGAGCAACAGCUCUCCUAGGCGAGACCAUAGUCCAGGUCUGCAUGAUGUGAAGCAAGAACAAGAGAGCAAACCCAGCGCCGACAUAUCCUCUCCGGUUAGUUCAAGUACCACGAGCGCAGAUGAAAAAGGCCAGCUGACCCCACAUAAACUAGCCCUGCCAUUUACCAACCCACAUCGAUCUCCGCCCGACAACCCAACAGAGACCCCUCUCUACAAUGGCGUCCCCUCCAACGAUUGUACGUUUGAGACGGCUGCCAAACUUCUAUUCAUGUCGGUCAAGUGGGCGAAAAAUAUACCUUCUUUCCUACAGCUGCCAUUCCGUGACCAAGCUAUUCUGUUGGAAGAAUCCUGGUGUGAACUCUUUGUACUGAGUGCGGCACAAUGGUCGUUGAAUAUUGACAUAGGUUUCUUACUAAGUGCUAAUGGAUACACGCUGGACGGACCUAAAAUGGAGAAGACCACAUUGAUGUCACUACAGCUGAGGCAGCUUCAGGAUAUCAUCUUCCGCCUGAACGGCAUCCGUCUGGACUCUACGGAGUACGCAUGCCUUAAGGCUCUACUCCUCUUUAAACCAGAUGUGAAGGGACUGCGUGACUCGUUACAAGUGGAGGCAUUGCAGGACCAGGCGCAGAUAAUGCUGUAUGAUUAUGUCAGCAACCAGAAACUUCUGAAAACGCGAUUUGGAAGACUACUACUGCAACUUCCGGCACUGCGCAACGUGAGUUCUCGCGCAGUUGAGGACAUUUUCUUCCGGAGAACAAUUGGCAACAUUCCAAUCGAAAGAAUCUUGUGUGACAUGUUUAAGUCAAGUUAAAUCAUUCGUUCUUAUUUUCGUUAUGUACUUGUUACCAUGGUUACUUGUAGUAUUUAUUCGUGUUAUUUUUGUCUACGCUUUAGAAAAGCGGGUGUUUUUUCAUGUUUUGGCUUCUGUGAGAUUUGUUCUGACUAUGGCGAUUAAUAAAUGUUACUUCAC